AUGUUGAUUAAAGCUAAUCUGUUGGCCUUGUCACAGGCUUUGCUUGCACUAGAAGCAUUAUCUUCUCCGGCGACCACCGAGUCUGCACCCAUCAUCGACUUAGGUUAUGCUCGGUACCAGGGCGACUUCAGAUGGGCAGCUCCGCAGCCUCCAUCGACCAUCGCUGGGGUUCAACAAGCUACCACCAACACAAAUAACUGUUAUCAAGCGCCCAUCGGCAAUUCUUCGACAAAUCCUUAUGAAAACACCUCUACGAGGAAAAGGGCUUUGCAUCCGAUAGUGUAUACACUCCCGGAAGCGAAGUGGUGGCCACACCAUCGGGAGGGCUCCCAGUUGUCGUAUGGAUUCACGGAGGAGGGUAUUUCAGGAGCUGCGAGUUUAUACAAUGGCGCAGAUCUAACUAUGGAAUCGAAUUAUGGUGUCAUUACUGUCUUGGUGCAGUACCGCCUCGGUUUAUUCGGUUUCCUACCUGGGAAAGCGGUCAAAGAAGGGGGUGCACUCAAUGCUGGACUACUCGACCAAAAUUAUGCUUUACAGUGGGUUCAGGCCUACAUAAGUAGUUUCGGUGGGGACCCAACGAAGGUAACGAUUUGGGGACAAUCUGCUGGUGCCGGUUCUGUGCUACAGCAUCUUGUUGCUCAUGGAGGAAACACGCAGCCUCCCCUCUUCAGAGCUGCCAUGACGAGUUCUGCGUUCUUGCCAUCACAAUACAACUAUAACGACCGAAUUCCGGAGAUGGUGUACAGUGAGGUCGUCGAUGGAACAAAGUGA